AUGCCACGACUGGGGAAUUGCCUCAGGAACGACACAUGCUGUCAUGUGAGUGCAUCUCAGGUUCCGCUUGCUGCCAUGUCAGCUCGCUUUCAUCCUCUCACCAACCUCUCCACCCCCACGGAUCCAUAUCCUCUCAUAUUCUCUCCUACAGGUGCUUGUCCCCUCCCCAUUACCUCUUCCUUCCCCUCCUCCUUCCCCCUCCCCUCCCCCAAAUAUAUCAGCCUCUGUUCCUUGAUCAUCUUCCCACUUCUCCAUCAUCUCUACCUGAUCAAAACGACAGUGGCGCCAAUUUCUGACGAGAGCGGGUCGGACGAGGGAAGCAGGCACGGGCAGGGCGGGUGGCAGAAGGCAAAGCUCAAGUGGAAACCACCCCAGACAGUGUGGCGGGCGUUUGCAACACUCAUCAUGGCGGGACAGGUGUCCAUGCGUGUGCUGACGGGGCGUGUGCACUGGCGUAAUCUGCUGACUCAGCUUCAGAUCGUGGGGCCAGGAUCGCUCGGAGUCUCCCUGCUGACAGCAUGCUUUGUUGGCAUGGCUUUCACCAUCCAGUUCGUGCGGGAGUUUGCUCGGCUGGGUCUGACUCGCUCUGUGGGGGGUGUGCUGGCGCUGGCGCUGUGCAGAGAGCUCUCCCCCGUCGUCACCGCCAUCAUCAUGGCUGGCCGCGUGGGCAGCUCCUUUGCUGCUGAACUAGGCACCAUGCAGGUGUCAGAGCAAACGGACACCCUGCGAGUUCUCAAGACCGAUCCAGUGGACUACCUGGUGACUCCGCGCGUGGUGGCAUGCGCUGUGGCCCUGCCCGUGCUAACACUGCUGUGCUUCACGGUGGGCAUGGCCUCCUCUGUGUUCCUCGCUGAUGCCGUCUACAACGUCAGCUCCAACAUCAUCCUCGACUCAGCCGCCAGGGCGUUGCAGGCGUGGGAUGUGCUGAGCAUGAUGGUGAAGGCGGUGGUGUUCGGGGGCAUCAUAGCGGACGUGAGCUGCGGGUGGGGCAUGACCACGCAGGGCGGCGCCAAGGGCGUUGGCGAGUCCACCACCGCGGCAGUGGUUAUUUCGUUGGUUCUCGUCUUUAUCGCUGAUUUCGCCCUCUCCUGGUGCUUCUUCCAGGGGCCUGGGGACGCCCUGAAAGCAGCCAUGGGGUAG